GCGCCAGGAGAUUCUGAGCUGAUGGUGCGAUUGCAAACGGAGCCCACAAAGAAACCCGAAACCCUACGGCUCAAGCUGCUGCAUCCCAAGCAAAGACAGCCGAACCAGCUUCUUCCCUUCGCCACAGUGGUUGACGCCAUGACCGUGAUCUUCAGUCUGGGUGUUCUGGUGCAAGUUGGCAUGAUGUGGAGUGAAGCCUCCGCCAGAGUCGACAAGGUGGACGUCGUGGCCGCCCUUCAAGACCCGGUUCAGCUCAAUGGGGCCUAUGCGAUUGCAGUCGCGGGAGACUACGCCUACAUUACAGCAGCUUCCGAUGCUGCGAUAUCGGUGUUGAACAUCGCGGACCCCACCAGCCCGACCCUGGCAGGGUCCAUCAAGGACCUCACGAUCUUGGACAUUUCCAAAGGCAUUGUGAUCAGAGGGGACUACGGCGUGGGGAUAGCUGGACUUGAUCAGGUUGUGCUCGAUGGGAACUACGCCUAUGUUGCUGCUGGUCGGGGUAACAGCCUGCUGGUGUUCGACAUCACUGAUCCGACCAAUCUCACCGUCGCGUCAGUCGUCCACGACCCCACCAUCCUUCAAUCAGCCAAUGGUAUUGACAUUGUCGGUGACCUUGCCUAUGUGGCCACUAAUGACCGCAUGGCUGUGUUCAACAUCUCCGACCCGAGCAGCCCCAGCCCUGUCGGCAACUUCGACGCCGGAGGUCAAAUGGACGGAGCUUUCCGAGUCGCUGUGGUCGGGAACCACGCCUACGUGACCGCAAGUGCACGCCGUGCAUUGGUGGUUCUGGACGUCACUGACCUGUCUAACAUCACUGUCCACAGCGUUCUCUCGAAUUUCACCGAGCUCAACCAACCCAUGGGCCUCGAGAUCGUAGGGAACUAUGCUUACGUCUCCACGCUACAUGGCGUUGUGACGGUUGACAUCAUCGAGUACUUUCGCACAUGGGACGGACAUAACCUUGUCGGGAACCAUGCCCUCGUGGCGUGCGAUACGGACUCCAUGCACGGUGGCAUGGCCGUGAUCGACAUCAGCACCCCGAGCAACCUCAACGAAGUUAGCUUCUUCGGUGAGCACCCCCACAGCGUCCUCGAAUAUGCCUCCGGUGUCAAAGUCGAUGGUGACUAUGCCUUCGUGGUCGGCGGCGAGGAAGGAUAUCUUACUGUGAUCGACGUCAGCAACCCGCACAAUCCAAGCAUCGUAAGCUCCAUCUUUGACUCGAAGCUGGAAUUUGCCGAGGGGCUUGCAAUCGCUGGAGACUACGCCUACGUGGCUGCGAGCGAGUACGAAGGCCUGGUCGCGGUCCACAUCGCCGACAAAGCCAACUUGACUAUCGCAGGGUUUCUCCAAGACGACGACCUCUUCGGAUAUUGCAUUGACGUGGCGAUCGCCGGCAAUUACGCCUUUGUGACUGCCUACUCCGAAGAUGCCGUGACAGCGGUUGACAUCAGCAACCCCAACAACCUGACAGUCGCCAGCCAUUUCCAGGAUGGCGACCUCGAUGGCGCGGAGAACAUCGUGAUCGUCGGGAACUUCGCUUAUGUGACGGCUUACCGCGAGGAGUCUCUAACCAUUCUGAACAUCACCGACCCGUACAACAUGAAUAUAGCGGGCACCAUCAGGGACGACAGACUUGACGGAGCAAGAGGCCUUGCGGUUGUCGGGGACUACGCCUAUGUCGCUUGCAGUCGUGAGGACGGCUUCGCUGCGAUCCACGUCGCCGACCCGAGCAACCUCACCAUCGUAGGCUACGUCGAGGACUCAACCCUCCUUGAAUGGUCCUACGCAGUUGCGGUUGACGGGAACCAUGCGUUCGUGACAUCGAGGGGCCAUCACUCCGUGACGAUGAUCGACAUCAGCGACCCAAGCAACCUCAGCAUCGUGGGCAAUUGGCAGCACCCCGCGUUGCUUGAUCCCUUUGGCAUUGCGAUCGCUGGUGCAUAUGCUUAUGUGACCGGGUACGACUCUUUCUUGGUGUUCAGCAUUGACACGACGACGACCACGACGGUGCUUACGAACACCAUGACCACCGUGACUGUGACCACCACCGCCGCGAGCACCGUCACGGCGACAACGGGCGUCACUGCGUACAUAAGCCAUGCUUUGCACUGGAAGGCUUCCGCUUUUGCCUCCUUCGUUCUUUUCGCCUUGCAGUGCUAA